AUUCACUUUCAAAUCCUAUACUAUAUCCAAAAUCAAGCUUGGACCGCCCCAAAAAGAGCUUUACAAAUCGAUUUCUAAUAGCAUCUUGAAUCGUAUCUAAAACGUGCCACCAAUUCUGAGAUACCCUUGUCAAGAGAGAAGUAGAUAUCUGUCGAAUGAAUAGAUACCUCUCGAGUCUUGCCUACUUCAUCUCGAAAUUGUGAUUAUAUAUAACAGGGCUAGUGUACGAGACAGACCCCUUUAGUUAAACUUCCUCAUUCAAAUUCUCCUCCAGUAAUUUAUUUCUCGAAACUCAGCUUACAUACAAUCGAUCUCACACCAACAAAGGGUGAUUUUGUGAAGGCGGGUAUUGUUGGCAAUUUAAGGAGUUGGUCUUGUGCAAUGUCGAUAACGAAUCCUUUGAAGAAGCUGGUUUCGUGUGUCAUUCUUGAUUUGGAUGGUACACUUCUGAACACAGAUGGCAUUGUUAAUGAUGUAUUAAAAGUUUACUUGGUAAAGCAUGGGAAGCAAUGGGAUGGGAGAGAAGCUCAAGGAAUAGUUGGAAAGACACCAUCAGAAGCUGCGGCUGUUGUUGUAGACAAUUAUGGGCUUUCAAUAACUGCAGAUGAAUUAAUGACAGAGAUCACCCCAAUGUUCUCCGACCAAUGGUGCAAAAUCAGAGCUCUUCCGGGUGCCAGUCGGCUGAUUAAACAUUUCAGGGGUGAAGGUGUACCAAUGGCGUUGGCUUCAAACUCUCCCAGAGACAACAUUGAAACUAAAAUUUCUUAUCAGCCAGGCUGGAGAGAAUCAUUCUCUGUUGUUAUUGGCGGUGAUGAAGUAAAAGCAGGGAAGCCAUCUCCUGAAAUAUUUCUUGAAGCAGCCAAAAAGCUUAAUAUCGAGCCAUCCAAGUGCCUUGUGAUUGAAGAUUCACCAACCGGUGUAAUGGCUGGGAAGGCUGCUGGAAUGGAAGUGGUUGCCAUACCAUCUCUUCCCAAACAAUCCCAUCUUUACACUUCAGCAGAUGAAGUCAUCAAUUCGCUUCUUGAUUUGCGGCCUGAAAAGUGGGGCUUACCUCCAUUUCAAGAUUGGAUAGAGAGUACAUUACCGAUAGAACCUUGGUAUAUUGGUGGUCCUGUAAUCAAAGGAUUUGGUCGUGGCUCAAAGGUUCUUGGCAUACCUACAGCUAAUAUCUCCGCAAAAAAUUUCUCGACUGAACUUUCAGAGCACCCGUCAGGUGUAUAUUUUGGCUGGGCCAAAUUAUCAACACGAGGGGUUUACAAGAUGGUCAUGAGUAUUGGUUGGAAUCCUUAUUUUAACAACACUGAAAAGACCAUUGAACCAUGGUUGCUACAUGACUUUGAUGAGGACUUCUACGGCGAGGAACUGCAUCUAGCCAUUGUUGGUUACAUACGGCCUGAGGCCAAUUUUUCAUCUCUUGAAAGCCUGAUAGAGAAAAUUCACGAAGACAGGAAAAUAGCAGAAGCUGCUCUUGUGCUUCCUUUGUAUUCAAAGUACAAGGAUGACAAAUACUUGAGAAGUCCUGCAAAUGGAGAGAACGGUCAAUAAAGAAUUUCAACAAAUCGACUCAAAUUUCAUAAAUGAUUCAAAAUACAUUUGUGUCUUCAUUGUAGAGGAAGACGGAUACAUUACAUCAAUAUAUUUGAUAAAUGCAAGUAUCCAUUUCUACCAGGCCAAAUAAGUGGAGAAUAUAUAUACGACAAUAUUCAUAUCAUAUUCUGUGUUUAUGAAAAUAUUAUUUUGAUCAGAACUUUUUGAAACGAACUUUGUAAUAUUUAUUCUUUUUCAUACUUGCUAAUGACUAUGGUCUAUAUGGAGAUCAAUUAAACAAAUAAAAAUGUGUAUAUUAUGAUGCGUCA